CUGAAAUAUUCUAAGAGAAAAGGAAAUCACAUUCUUGGAGAACUUAUUGAACCCCAGAUCUCCCCGCACAUUGUUUGUGAGUAAGGGAAGGCCGCCGAUAACCGCCUUUGACAGGGAUCAUGCCUGUCUCUGUCCUCUCGGCUUAGAAGUUUUUGAUAAUGGCCUUUUCGAGCUUGAGUGAACCGACACUGGGACCGUGACAAACAAGAUGAUCACCACUCGGACACCUGCCCAGAUCUUGAGGAGUGGGGUCGGCGUUGAUUCAGCAGCUUGUCUGCUAUGUCAAUGGCGGUCAUUCAACUCUUCGUAUCGCCUAUUGGCUGAUAAAGAAGCUUCUAAGUCCUCACCACCAGAAAGCAAAGCUACACCCAAGGAAGUUCCAGACCCACCACCAAAACCACCAUCCCCUCUCGCAGAUGCACCAAGAUCCUACGGUAAAGCCGUAGAGGAGUUCACACCCAAACCUCUCAGUCGACCAAUUGGUCUUCCAAGACCACCGCGAUCAGGAGAGAAUGCUGGAGUAGACACCCGAUCAUGGAGACAGAGACGAGAUGACUUUGUGGAUUACGAAAAACACAUUGUUCGGAGAAAAGAGCUGACUAAGAAGAUCUCCGCACCCUACUUUCGAGAUUUCUCAAAUAUGCGCCAUCAUAAAGGGAAAUCCUUCCUAGCACCUCCUAGACUAUUCAAAGCAGAUAAAGCGUUGUAUUUCCCGAAUUUCCAGGGACAGACAUUGUUGAAAGAUAAGACACCCAAGGAUACAACACCGUUAUUUGAGGAUAAGGUGUCCGUUGUUAGUGUGUUCAGCAGUCAAUGGGCGGAGAACCAAGCAGCUACUUUUGCUUCGGAAAAGCAGAAUCCGGAAUUGCAUGAGCUGGUCAAGAGUAGUGAUGGGAUGGCACAGUUGGUGCAGAUCAAUGUGGAGGAAAAUGCUUUGAAAGCUUGGAUUGUUAGGAUGUUUAUGGGGAGUUUGAGGAAGAGGCUUGGAGAAGAUAACUGGAAUCGAUAUUUCCUAGUUCGGAGGGGGAUUACAGAUGAGAUUCGAGACAAUAUCGGACUACUGAAUAGCAAGGUCGGGUAUACGUAUUUGUUGGAUGGAGAGUGUAGGAUCAGAUGGGCUGGCAGUGGUCCAAGCGAGGGGGAUGAAAAGGAGAGUCUGGUCAAGGGAGCCAGGCGACUGGUUGAUGAAUUAAGGGCUAGGAGGAAGUUGAGACCCCUUUCAACACCAAAGGAGGCAGUGAAGCCUGGAAAUGUCGAAAAGACCGCCGCAAUGGCUGCAUGAUAUUGAGGAUAUACCCAUACUUGUACAACAUAAUCUGGCUAACCAGCCACCUUAAACGCCCGCUCAAUGCAAUAUUCGUGCCCUUCCU